CCCCCCCAGCGGGACGGUUUCUUUUCCGAGUCGGUGACCGGCGGGAGGUAACUGAUUACCUUGAGGGUCCCAAUUCUUGGUAUCGAAGCAGUUGGUUUGUCUUUUUUCUUUGAAAAGAAAAAGCGAGCUAUGCAACCGGAGUGCGGAGAGCGACGCGGCGAGAGCCGGGGAAACUCGAGCGGUGCGGGGAGUGUCUGAGAGUACGGGCGGCGACGGCGAGUCGAGGCGGAGGAGGGGGGAAGCGAGUCCCGGGUGGAACGUUCCCCGGGGAUUUGGGGGCGGUGGAGUAGGAGACAUUCGUUCCGCACUGGAAACGAGCCCAGGCGCCGACGGCCAUGAAGAAAAGCCGGGACGACGAUCUGGCGAACACGGCGCUUGAAGCGGCGUCACCUCCCAGGGGCACGACCGAGAGCCUGGCGGCUGAUCCCGAUCCCGACUCCGGCCCCCGGGGCGAUCUCAGCUCGCUCGGCUCCGACUCCGAGAUCAACGGUUUUGUCAACGGGGACCAGAAGAUCGACAAGUAUGGCUUUGUCGGCGGUGCUCAGUACACAGGCGACCUGCAACAUGAAGUGCCACCAGAGGUAUUGCGGCAACGGGAAUCCAAGUGGCUGGACAUGUUGAACAACUGGGACAAAUGGAUGGCAAAAAAAUACAAGAAGGUAAAACUCCGAUGUCAGAAAGGAAUUCCACCCUCACUCAGAGGCCGAGCUUGGCAGUAUUUGUCAGGAAGUAAAGUAAAAAUGGAACAGAACCAUGGGAAGUUUGAUGAAAUGGAUCGGUCACCUGGAGAUCCAACGUGGCUUGAUGUAAUAGAAAGAGAUCUGCAUCGUCAGUUUCCUUUUCAUGAGAUGUUUAUUGCAAGAGGAGGCCAUGGGCAACAAGACCUCUAUAGAGUUUUAAAAGCAUACACAAUUUACAGGCCAGAGGAGGGGUACUGUCAGGCACAGGCUCCCAUCGCUGCUGUCCUUUUGAUGCACAUGCCUGCUGAGCAAGCUUUUUGGUGCCUUGUUCAGAUUUGUGAAAAAUAUCUUCCAGGAUAUUACAGUGCUGGAUUGGAAGCAAUCCAGUUGGAUGGGGAGAUCUUUUUUGCCUUGUUGCGUAAGGUUUCACCAGUGGCACAUAAACACCUUAACAAGUACAAAAUUGACCCCAUCCUGUACAUGACGGAGUGGUUCAUGUGUGCAUUUUCAAGAACUUUGCCGUGGGUAUCUGUGUUGAGAAUUUGGGACAUGUUCUUCUGUGAAGGUGUAAAGAUAAUAUUCCGUGUUGGUCUCAUUCUGUUGAAGUAUACACUUGGCUCAUCAGAAAAAUUGAAAAAAUGUCAGGGUCAGUAUGAGACCAUGGAAAAACUUCGGAGCAUUGAUCCCAGAUAUAUGCAAGAUGGCUUUCUCGUACGAGAGAUAAUUGAACUUCCUAUCACUGAAAGGGAGGUUGAAAAAGAACAUUUAAUUCAGCUGAAGAAGUGGAAGGAUACGCAUGGUGACCUCAAAUACCAGCCUCCUCCUAGAUUGCACGGCGCUAAAGCAAUCAAUGAGGCUGAGCCUCAUUCUCAAAAAGCCUUGGUGCAGAUGCCAUCCAUCGUGGUACACUCCCCGCCAGUGUCUCCUGAUUCAGGUAGCAAUUCCAAGAAGAAAAAGGAUAAGAAAAUGUCAAAAGAACAAAAGAGAGAAAAGAAGAAACAGGAGAAAAAGACAGGAAAAGUAGAAACAGUGGCAAAUGGAUCUACCGCUGAUGAGACCAAUAGAAUUUUAAAAGAUGAACAAAAUGUUACCCAACCAGUAGAGUUUGCAAAGGAGCUAAAUCAAUCGAUGCUGAAAAAGGACACUCAACUACAGCAGUCUGAACAAAGUCUCAGCUCGGAAGAAACAGAACAGGACACAUACUUAUGAGAUGAAUCAUUCCAGCACCCGGUGGGUGUGGUGCAGGGAGGGGUGGGGGGGGCAACGUUUCAUUUCACAUUCGAAUCAUCAUUCCGUAAGAGAACUGACAUUGCAUGGCAAGAUGGGGCCAUUGAUAGUAUAUGUACGUACUUAAUGCAGUUGACAAGAUAUGGUGAUUCUUUCAUGACUUAACACAGUGACUUGAAACAUGAGAAAUUGGUACAAGUUUAGAAGUUUUGAGUUAUUUUCACUGUUGAUUUGUGUGGUUAAGCAAUUCAAAGAAUAGCCAAAACCAGGGACAUAAUUUAAUCAGCUAGUGAAACUAGUUAGGAAGAAUCUGCUUCAUAUGUUCACCUUUACUGAGUUCAACACAAAACUCUAAUUGAAUGAACUGUUAGCUGUCAUCAGCAGAGUAAAUUUUUUUGAGGAAAAUGUAAAUAUUUUUGCAAUAUUUUUCAGUAAACAAUGUCUUGUAUGGAGUUGCUAGUAUUGUAAAGAUAUUUCUUCUUGGUUUUCAUUCCAAGUUAAGAUUAAUGAUAUUUAUAGGGCAUUUUGUUUUUAUUAUUCUUUGGUCAGAUGUUUCUCUGUUCCCAUUUCUAUUUUGAAGUAACAGUGAAUUGCAGUAGAAAGGAAGAGACCAUUAUUAAGCUAUUGCUGAGAAUUUGACAUGUGUUCAUUAGAAUUAUUUGAAUUAAUUUAAUGUCUAUACGUGGUGGGGAAUUGAGUCAGGGUUUUGGCUUAGGAUAGAGGAUGUGCUGCCAUAUGUUUGUAUGAUUUAAAACACUCUACUUGUAUAUUCAUUUAAUAUUCAUAACAUUUCUUCUAUGUACAGAAAUUACAGUUGAAGAAAUGGAGAUUAAAUAUGCCCAUUUAGUAAAUGUUUUGCAGGCAAUGUUAAUGCCGUGCACACACACAGUAGUAAGCAGGGUAGUUAACCAUGACACCAUAGAAAAACAAUGUAUCGUCCAAAUGAAUUAGCACUUUUCCUUAAUCUUGAGGGAUGUAAAUUUAAGCUGUUUUACAAGAGGUUUUGUAAAUUCUCUUGAUAAACUGACUAAGAACCAGAAUUAAGUGCUGUUCUUGUAUAAUCCAGCUAUUUUUCUACAAAAUUAUCAAUGCACAAUGGAUUUGCAGCAGUUGCGAAGGUAUUUAAGUGCUAUAUAAACUCAUAGAUUAAACUCAAUUUUCUGUCCUUGCAUAUAAUGAAGAAUAUAAGAUUAUAACAUAAUAUAAAGUCUAAUUUUGGUGUUUGCUCCACAUUCCUUGAGACUAAUAAAACAGCCAAAUAUAGAUGUGCAAACAAAGUUAAACUGUCUGGUCUAACAUACUUUUUUGUAUUUGAAGAAUCAGAAACUAUUUGUCAAUUUGUUUUAUGUGCAAUCUACGAUGAAAAUACUUGGAGCGUAUUGAAUAAUGGCAAAUUCCAUGUGGCUAUAUAGUGUAUGUACUUUUAAACUUAACAUAAUUAGAUUAUUUAUCUACAAAUUGCUACAUUUAAUAAGUUCAUCUAAGCUACACGUAUUAUCUUGCUCUUGCCAUGGAUCCAUAACAAAAUCAAUAAAAUAUUCUGGAAAGCC